UUCCGCCUCUUCAGCCGUCGCCAUCGCCGGGACGCCAGGCAGCUCCGCGCCAUGUCGUCUCACAAGACGUUCAAGAUCAAACGCUUCCUUGCUAAGAAGCAGAAGCAGAACCGGCCCAUCCCGCAAUGGAUUCGCAUGAAAACGGGCAAUAAGAUCAGGUACAACUCCAAAAGGAGACACUGGAGAAGGACCAAACUGGGCUUGUAAGAGAGACUGUCUCCUGGGAACUCUAAUUAAACACUUGUCUUUCUGCAUCAGAUUGAUACACCCUGUACGCUGUUCAGCGACCCCCAAGGGAUUCCUUCUGUAGUGUUGGACUGCAAUCUCCAAUGUUUUGGGUGUUUUUAUAAGCUAGUCUGGGAUAUGGAUAUUGACUGGGAAAAUCUUGAAAUAAUUUGCAUCUGAAACAUGAAGACCGUGUUCUAUUAGUGUUCUUUGUUUCAGGCAUCAUCAUGAGUAUUGACAGUGUACAGGCUUACUAAUAAACAUGGACCUGAAAGA